CUACACGCCGACAAUAUGGCGCUGCAAAAGAGGGUAAUACAGUACAAGCACAGCACGCAGAAAGCGGGCCAGAGCCAGCCAGAUCUCGAAGGUCAGCAGCGGAUCACCGAACAUAAAUACCUCAAUGUUUUGUCGCACGUGAACCAGGUAGCUUUCUGUCAUCUUGCUGAUUUUCCUCAAAUGCAUGAUUGCGAGAAUGAUCUUGUGGCUCAUUGGCGCUAUCGAUCAAAUGAUUAUGCCUUUUAGUUGUCGGCCCCAUCCUGCACCUCUCUGUCGUGUCAUACUUAACAUUCUUUCAUAUUGCAAUAUUUCAGAUUCGCGUGAAGUUGCGCACACAGCAAGUGCGAGGUGCGCGAAUCGGAGAGGAAUUGCGCGCUCAAUUAGAAGACAAACGGGCUAAGGGGAUUGAGUGCCGAGACUCGUUCCGGGAUUUCAAGCGCCAAGUAGCAAAAAACGCAGAGUACUCGCGAACGGGCAAGGGCAUACCCGGUCGGAUCAUCACAGAGAUCGAGAAAUUUGAGGGAGAAAAAGAGGCAGAGGUAGAGGAGGUGCGCGGAAGCAACAUUAGUUUGAAAAACCGGUUAGCGAAACUCGAACUCAUGUUGAGGAAGAAGGACGAAUUAGCAGAGAAUCUCCACGUGAUCGAUUUCGAGCAACUGAAAAUUGAGAAUCAGACGCUGAAUGAGAAAAUAGAGGUACUGCUAGAAAUUCGAGUAUAA